AUGAUGUGCUUUCAGUCAUCUUACUGCGCAGACAAGGAUGAAGUACCGGAAACUCCAACAAAUAUAAGCACGAUCAGGUCUUUCGGUUCUGGAUCUACAGAUCGUACUGCGUCUGGAUCGGAUUCAAAUUCCCAAACUUCCCUCGAGCCAAGAGCAAAAUUUAGAAAGAUCAGGUAUCCUAGCUUCUCAAAAAGAUCAAGUAUUCUCAGAGAGUUUAAAUUUUCCGAGCUCAAAUCCGCCACAAAGAACUUCGCCAUUACCUCAAAGCUUGGAGAAGGUGGAUUCGGUGCUGUCUACACCGGCAUCAUUAAGAAUCCUCGAGAUCCAACAAAAGAUCUCAAUGUGGCUGUGAAGCAACUUGGCAAAAGAGGAUUCCAGGGACACAAGGAGUGGGUGACAGAGGUGAAUGUUCUUGGGAUAGUUCAGCAUCCAAACCUUGUUAAAUUAGUCGGAUACUGUGCAGAAGAUCAUGAAAAAGGAAUCCAACGCCUUCUUGUAUACGAAUAUAUGCCCAACAGAUGUGUUGAAUUUCAUUUAUCUUCAAGAUCCGGAACAAUCCUUUCAUGGUUAACAAGAUUAAAGAUAGCUCAAGACACAGCUCGUGGAUUGGCUUACCUACAUGAAGGAAUGGACUUCCAGAUUAUAUUCAGAGAUUUCAAAUCUUCAAAUAUCCUUGUAGACGAUCAAUGGAACGCUAAGCUUUCAGAUUUUGGAAUGGCUCGAUUAGGUCCUAAAGAAGGAUAUUCCCACGUCACAACAGCGGUGGUAGGGACUAUGGGUUAUUCGGCUCCAGAAUACAUCCAAACGGGUCGACUGACAUCCAAGAAUGAUGUAUGGAGUUAUGGAGUGUUUCUUUACGAACUGAUAACGGGUAGGCGACCCAUGGAUCGAAACCGACCCGCGGGUGAGCAGAAGCUUCUAGAAUGGGUGAGACCUUUUCUAGAUGAUAAAAACUUUCCACUAAUAGUUGAUAGUAGACUCGAAGGAAAAUACUCAUUGAGAUCCGCUUUAAAGUUGUCAUUGAUUGCAAAUAAGUGUUUGUCAAGAGACCCUAAAUCAAGGCCCAAAAUGAGUGAGGUUUUGGAAAUGAUUAAUCAGCUUGUAGUUGUACAAUCAGAAAGUGUUCCUAGAUCACCUGUUAGUGGUGAAAAGACGUUUCAGGACAUGGGAAAUGAAGGUAACAAUAACAACAGUAAUAAUACAUCCUCCAUUGAUAUGAAGCUUGGAGAUUCUGCUUGGUUUUCUAGAAUAUGGACUUGGAAGCCUUUAAUAAGUUGUUGAUUUCUAGAAUACAUUGUAACUUUUUUUGAUCGAAUGUAUAAUGCAUGUAAUGUGUUAUGUGUUGGUGUUUGUAAUGUUUUUUAGUAUGCACAGUUUCUACAUAUUAUUUUCGCUAAAUUUUGAGAUGUUCGUCAAAAUAAUAAUGAUAAUAGAAG